AGCCAGCCAAGCCAACAGCGGCCGGGGAUGUUUCGGUUGGAGUUGGAGUUGGACCCCCAGCUGAGGUGAACAACCCGCUAUGCAUGGCCCCAUGGCCUUGUCAAAGGUUCUCCUCCUCUGCAGCAAGUGUCAAAGCGUGGGCGGGCUCGCGUCGCGUGAUGUGCGCGUGCAUCCGCUUGUCCCUUGCCGGCUCCCCGCUCCUCCUCAAAUAUUCUCGCCCUCGACCGCCCUCCUCUCAUUCCUCAACCAUUUCACAUUCCUUGCCUCCUUCCCCUCACCUUCUUGGCUUCCUCUCCCCCCCGCACGCACACGCACACGCCCAAACGCUGCCCACGAGCACGGCCGUCAGAGGGGAAACCCAGCAGCUUUGUUUGGUUGCCCUGCCGGCCGUCAGAGGGAAACCCAGCUCUAACUGAAGUGGCGGCUAGCUACAUACUGCUAGCUAGCUCGUCUUCUGGUCCUGACCGCACGCCAUGGCUCAGGAGGACGUCCACCACCUGGACGAUGCCGGCCUGGCGCUGGGCCUGUCCCUCGGCGGAGGCGGCGCCUCCGAUGCGGUGCGCCACGGUACCAGCAGCAGCCGGCUGAGCAUGGAGGCGGUGGCGCGGCUGCCGUCGCCGCGGCCGCAGCUGGAGCCGUCGCUGACGCUGAGCAUGCCGGACGAAGCGACCGCCACCGCGACCGGGUCCGGCGGCGGCGGCGGCGGGGCCGCGCACAGCGUGUCGUCGCUGUCAGUGGCGGGCGUGAAGAGGGAGCGCGUGGACGACGCCGAGGGCGAACGGGCGUCGUCGACGACGGCGGCCGCGGCUGCGCGGGCCGUCAGCGCCGGCGCCGAGGACGACGACGACGGGAGCACGCGGAAGAAGCUGAGGCUGACCAAGGAGCAGUCCGCGCUCCUGGAGGACCGCUUCAAGGAGCACAGCACCCUCAACCCGAAGCAGAAAGUCGCGUUGGCGAAGCAACUCAACCUGAGGCCACGCCAGGUGGAGGUGUGGUUCCAAAACAGACGAGCAAGCCGCGCGCGCAGGACGAAGCUGAAGCAGACGGAGGUGGACUGCGAGCUCCUGAAGCGCUGCUGCGAGUCGCUGACCGAGGAGAACCGCCGCCUGCAGCGGGAGCUGCAGGAGCUCCGCGCGCUCAAGUUCGCCCCACUACACCCACAGGCGGCACAGGCGCCGCCGUCGUCCGCGGCGCAGGCGGCGGGCGUGCCGGCGCCGCCGCAGCCGUUCUACAUGCAGAUGCAGCUGCCGGCGGCCACGCUGAGCCUCUGCCCGUCCUGCGAGCGCCUGGCCGGGCCCGCCGCGGCGGCCAAGGCCGAGCCCGACAGGCCCAAGGCAGCCACCCACCACUUCUUCAACCCCUUCACCCACUCCGCCGCCUGCUGAUCGAUGAUGAUUUGCGGCGCGUGCAUGAUGAUGAUAAGCAGCAGCAGCAGCGAACCGAUCGAGCACCGCCCACCACUGCAGAUAAUACCACGUACACUCCAUCCACCUCAGCUCGCGUACGUCGCCAGUAACACAUGCAUGAUGAUCCUCCGAUCCUCUAGCUAUUUUCUGGAUCCGGAGGGUUAAGUUAGUUGUUCGUGUUCCCAUCAGCUAAUCAAUCAAUCAUAGGCUUAUUGAUAGGGUAGUCCAAAUAGCCGUAGUUUGAUCCCUAGCACUGGAUCCAUCCAUCCAUGUAUAUUUUUGUGCAUGCAUGCUGUAAUUCUGUCCCUCUCUCGGUCUACUUUGCUCCCUUUUCGAUAGGAGUACGUAGCUAGCUUCUUUGUCUUUUGUUUUUGUUUCAAACAGGUUAAAUAUAAUCAUCGUCAGAGGAUUGAUCCCUGUA